AUGGUCAUUGUCUGCAGAAAUAAACCGCAGAGCUACUCUGGCAGCAACGGAGGUUGUUUGGCACGGGAUAGCUUGUGCGACUUGCUGACCAUCCUCGGAACAGCCCCACUAGUCGAAGCCCCUAGCUACAACAGGCACAUAGCCACUUUAUCUUCCUUAUCCCAAGAGACCAGUAAGGAUCAGAAGAAGAAGGUGGCAGCAUGCCUACGUCAAAGGGCCAUGGACAAGGAUCUGACCAUCGGGGAAAAUGAUUAUGUGGACGUGGCAGUGCCCUACGAUGGAACAUGGCAUAGACGAGGUUACACAUCGAAUCAUGGGGUGGGGGUAGUGAUACCGAUCGAUACAGGGGAGAUUGUUUGACACAGAAGGUCUAUCAAAAUCAUGUAAACAGUAUAGAAAGGGUUGGGUCUUCAGUGUUCUCAGCCAGAGGGACCUUGAUCGCCUUCAGAGACUCCAAAACUGAGCAACAAGGCUUGUCUUUUCUGCUCCUCUUCGAACUCACAUACAACCUCUUUGACUUGAACUUCAUUGUACAUGUUUAUACAAUGUUUUAGAACAUUUCUGUGCUGCAACUCAGUGCCUUAGUUUUUAUUGUACAUGUUUAUAUAUUCUUAACUUGCCUUUCAUUUUAGUCAUGUUUACGUACACACUGUAUAUGACAUUUUAGUUGUUUCUUUUUAACUUGCCAAUUAUUUAGAGGAACUAGGGUGAUAUAUAUGUGGGUAUUUAUUACAUCUUAGUAAAAUAAGUCCAAGUAAUAUGUGUUGCAAUUACGAACUUGCCUUUCAUUUUAGUUUGUAGUGUACAUGUUUAUGUGAUAUAUUUUUUUACUUGCCUUUUAUUUUAGUUUUUAGCAUAUGUACAUGCAUACAACUUUUGAUAUAAACCAAAUACAUCCUGCCACUUUCAUUCAA